AUGAACAUCUCCGAUGAAGAAGAAUUGCUCAACAGCAGCGCCCUCUACAGGGAAUGUGGACACACCGACACAACACCUGGUUAUUGUCCAGAGGUAUUCGACAAUCUGCUCUACAUCAUGCUACACGCAGAACUAUGUUGGCCCGAAUCACCUCCAGGGACUACGGUCAACCAUUCAUGUCCGAAGAUUCCACUGUUGGGCUUCGAUCCCAACAGGAUGGCCUACAAAGACUGCCUCGAGGAUGGUACCUGGUUCGUGAUCAAUAAUGACAGGCAGUGGGCGAACUAUACAGAGUGUGUGAAUAUCGAGGAAUUCGAGUUUCUCACGUUCAUCAAUAGACUUCACGUCAUUGGAUAUUCGGUAUCGUUGGUGGCCUUGAUAAUUUCAUUAUGGAUAUUUCUUUCCUUCAGAUCGUUGAGAUGCACGAGAAUCAGGAUACAUACGCAGUUGUUCACAUCAUUCAUUUUGAACAACAUCAUGUGGAUAAUCUGGUACCAGGAAGUCAUCCCAGACCCGGAAGUAACCAAGUCGAAUCCGCUUUGGUGUCAGAUCCUCCACAUCUUGAAAGAGUACUUCAUGGUGGCCAAUUACAUGUGGAUGCUGUGCGAGGGCCUCCACCUUCAUCUAGCUCUGGUGGUGGUAUUCGUGAGGGAAGAAAGGACAAUGAAGUGGUUCUUCGCUAUAGGGUGGGGUAUUCCUGUAGUCAUCGUGAUCGUUCACAACUUCGUCCGGCUGUUUGUCACACAGGAUACUUAUUUGUGCUGGCUGGAAGAAUCUUCUUUCAGUUCCUGGUUUCUGAGCAUUCCAGUACUCAUCAUAUUGAUACUAUGCACAAUAUUCUUGAUCAACGUCCUGAGAGUGAUCCUAACUAUCAUGCAUCCAAAUUCUCCGAAUCCAGCGCCGGUCGGGAUGCGACGAGCCGUCAGAGCAGCGCUAAUUUUGAUUCCUCUCUUCGGACUUCAGUUCAUCUUGCUGCCGAUGAUUCCUGGUAACCAGCACCCGCUCUUCCACUUUUAUAUGUGGUUAUGCUUGGUCAUCGUACCUUUCCAGGGCCUGGUGUGCUCCUGCCUGUUCUGCUUCGCAAACCAGGACGUCAUCCAGGCGGUGAAGGGGUUCUUGGUGCGCAGCACGCACCACUGCAACGCACGCUGGAGCCACUACAGAUACACGGGAGCGGGGGACAGCGCAGGAGGGGUGUUUGUCGUCAAUGGAAACAGCAGUCAUCGCAAGUCCACCGAUACGACUAGGCUGUAA